UUGUGCCAGGAACGGAGCUCAGAUCAGCGGCCUCACGGACAUCAGACACAAAUGCACACAGUGGCUGGAAAGGAAUGGACCAAAUUACUCGUUUUAUUCUGGACUGUUGUCAUGGCUGCUGAACGGCUGGCAAAUAUUCCCCAGGUGGACAUCACUCCGGACGGCGUUUUUAAAUACGUCCUUAUACGAGUACGCAGCUCUGAAAAAGGGGAUGACUCGAGUAUCGAUAUUGUACGAGGUUAUGCAUGGGCAAACUAUCACGCUGAUAUCUACGAACGGGUAGCCACUGAACUCGAGAAGGGAGGCGGAGUUGACUGCGAGUGUUUGGGUGGGGGAAGAAUUAAGCACGACAGCCAAGCCAAGAAGCUUCAUGUCUAUGGCUACUCCAUGGGAUUUGGCCGGGCCAAUCACUCUAUUACCACAGAGAAGCUGAAGAUUCGGUAUCCUAGUUACGAGGUGACCUGGGCUGACGAGGGGUACUGACCAUGGUCUGGCAGCAGUGGCUCAGAAAUGCACUGGAGCAGAGCCGGCCUGGACACACCUGGCUGGAUUUGCUGAACGGGUUGCUGUGGAAGAAUAACACUGGGCUUGUGAUGGAGGAGUGUUGAGUUUUUUAAGUUUCUAUGUAUUGUAGUGAGCAUUAAUCACCACCAAGUACUUGGCAAAGAUUUGAACUAAGUUGGGCUUGAACCACUGCCAUAUUUUUUAACUGGAAUGUUUCCUGAAUUGUGAGAAUAGAGGCUGUCAUUCCAGCUGGAAUAGUGGAAUGUGAGGCUUAAUCUUAUGUUACAUUUGGCCCUGUUGGUUUGUUGCCGCCAACAGACUUUUUAUUUAUAUUUAUGUUUGUGUAAAUAUAGGCCUACCUAAUAUUUGAAUGUUUUAGUUAAGUGCUUUUUUUGUAGCUGUAACAGUGAAAAGAAAUAUUUAAAAAGUAUGCGCAUAAAUGAUUUUGGAUCAAUUGCAAGCUUACAGAUGCAUAAUACAUUUCCAUUUUCAUAAUCUGUAAGGAUGCAAAAUGAAUCCGCAAAUGGAAAGUGGAAAGGAUGAAAAUAAAUAUGUGUUCCAUGGUGAUUCACAAAUCUUAGGGUUUGAUUCGCUCUGGGUUUUAUUUUCAGUGGCUGACUGCAUGGAAAAUGCAACAAAUAAUAAUAAUGAUCGAUGACGCUCUGUAUAACUAUAAAUAGUUAUUAAUUACUCAAAGUAACUUCCGCAUGUGUGUUUUAUCUGAAUAAAAAGGAUUUAUUGCAUACUUAAUGGAUUCAGUGCGGCCCCUGUAAAAAGUUUAAUUAAAAUAAAAUGAAGUCCGCAAUAAAUGUCGAUCAUCCUUAUUUGUCAUUACAAUUUCAUCACAAUUGGCAUGGGAGGAAGUGCUAACAUACGGAGAUUAAAAACAACUUCUGUCAUUCUAGCAGCCUCAUCACCUGUAAAGUUCUGAUGUGUUAAGAAGAGCCUGAUUCAUAUACUUGCUUAGGUUGUUUUGCAUCUUAGCACCAUUUUUUACACUUUGACUGAUAAGUGGGAUUGAGACCUAUGCUUGUCUUGUACACUGUUAUUGGAUGUUUGUGCAUGCUUGUGUGCAUACAUAUUUGUCUGUCCCUGGUUUACAUUCAGGAGGGUUAUUACUUCCUGACACCUCAGGAUAACAUAUUUAAUCUCUGACCUACACUUAUGAGGGUUUCAAAAUGGGGCUGCUGCCAUAAACAGACACACACACACACAUACAGACACGCACACAUACACACAGUGAGUUAUGGAUGAUUCUUGAUAGUUAUUAUUUGCCCAUGUGAUUAUACUCUGAAAUGAACACCCAGAGUUAGUCAAACCUUUGUCAAACCUUCAACAUGUCAUAAAAAAAGAUACAUAUUUUUUUCUUUCAUAUUUCACAGUUUGCUUCUACAGUUUAAUUUCAUGUGCACACACACUUGUCAUAAAUGCAGUCUGAUAUGCCUCAAAUGUGUGCAUGUCAGCACUUCUGGCCCUGAGCAGGACAUUUCAACAUCCAAUUGAUAUCAAACUCGUAUCUAAGCUAUGUUUCAAUUGCUGUACAUCACACACAUUGUAGGUCUGAAGGUUAGUGUCCAAAUGGCCCUUGUUGGAUGCCACAUCUCAAUGCAUGCAGCUUCUUUUAACCCUCCUGCUAUGUUUGGGGUCAAUGCGACCCCAUUCAGUGUUUGACAUCUCUUAAAAAUCAGUUCCCCCUUUUUUAAUCUUGAUACUGUAUGGUUUUUUUUUUAUUUUCUAUUUUGGUGGGAUUAAAUAGUAAACAUGCAAUAAACAUAAUUCUUUGUUUUCAGAAGUCCUGUACCAACUUUGCAUGUGUUGUGUGGGCUUAUUUUGACCCUCUUUAACUGUAUAAAAUGUAAGAAAAUGUACACUUAAAUUAACUGAAACUAAAAUUUAAAACCAUUUC